AUGGCAGAUAGUAAUACAAACGACGAUUUGCCGCACCUUAUUAUGGGCUUUACAGCACUAGAGCACCGCAAAACCAACAUGAAAAAGAUCCUUAGUUUUUUGCACGAAAGGAACCACUCGAGAUAUAAUAAAAGUCAGUUGUUACGUCGACUUUAUGAGGUCGAGAGCGGCGGGCACGUUUCACAUGCAAGGCAACAAGCUAUUGAUCUUUGGCUACGAAGAGGGGCCAUAGGUCACAUCAACGUUUAUUAUGAUCAGAACGACCCAUCCCGACAGUCGCAGGCAUCUCGAGUCCUCAAACGCAAGAGAUCCGCUGAACCCAUAUCUAACGGUUACACAGAUAUUCGGAUUAAGCACGAAGAAUCCAUAAAGUCAGAUCCGCAACUGAAGGAAUGUUCUAUAUGUGCAGAAGACCUCGUACUCGCUAAUUUCUCACAUCAAAUCUCGGCUCAGUGUACGCAUGAUCCAACAUGCUGCAGCUCAUGUCUAUCUCGGUCUAUUGGUGUGCAAAUUGGAAGCAAAGAAUGGAAUCAGAUUAGAUGUCCCGAAUGCGCGGUACUUCUCUCCUUUGACAAUGUGAAGUUCUUUGCCUCCGAGGCAGACUUCAUAAGUGAUCCCAACUUCACAAACUGCCUUGGGCCCGGCUGUAACAAUGGUCAAAUCCAUGAGGGUGGUGACGAUCAGCCUAUCAUGACAUGCGGAACAUGUAGUUUUAAAACAUGCUUCACUCACAAAAUGCCCUGGCACACCGAUUUCACUUGUGAAGGGUAUGAUGACCAGUCUAGAGAAAAACUGCGACAAGAAGAAGCAAGUCAAGAUCUAAUGGAUAAGGCCACCAAAAGGUGUCCCAAUUGCCAAGUCCGCAUCGAGAAAAACAAAGGCUGUGAUCAUAUGACUUACAGUUCAUGCGAGCACGAAUUCUGCUGGAUAUGCUUCGUCGCUUAUAGAUUAAUCCGCUCAAUUGGCAACGCAGCACAUCUAUCAACCUGUCACUACUUUACAGGGAAUCUUCCACGGCAUCCAGACCAAAUUCAAUCUCCCCGUCAACUUCCCUGGGGAUAUCGAGCUAUUGCAAGAUCUGCAACCCCAGGUCCGGCAUCACCACGUACGGCAUUCACACCGCAAGAGCUUAGUAUUGUGGGCCGGAUCCGUGCAUCUCAAACGCAGAGAAACAACCUCUGGGAUUUUGACGACUUGGCUGAUGAGGAAUUUUAG